AAAUCUCAAUUUUUUCAAAUUAAAUUCUAAAAUUCUCUUUUCAAAAAAUUGAUAAAAAAAAUCUCUUUUGUCUGCGUUUUAAAAUAUUUCGAGCUUAUAUCUCCCGAAAAGGUCAGUACAGAUUAAGCUUCACAUUCUGCAUCUUCAAUUAAUUAGAAAUUUAUUCACCGAAACAUGAGCAAACUAGUUUUGGUUGUUAUUUUAUUAAUAAUUGGAUUGAUUACAUUUAAUCAUGCAUUAUCAAUUGAAGCGGAAUGGACAAAUUAUAAGCAAAAAUACAACAAAAACUAUGGCUUGAAAGAAGAUGCUGAACGUUUUGAAUAUUUUAAAGAUUCACUGAGACGAAUUGAAGAAGGAAAUGCCAAAUCUAUACGAGAGGGAUCGAGUUUUCGAAUGGGAGUAAAUCAUUUGGCUGACAUUAGUCCAGAAGAAUGGAGAAUAAUGAGUCAUGGAGUAAGAAUGCCAUAAAUAAAAAAUAAUUUCGAGCAAUAAAUUAUAAA